AUUCCCCCCUUUUUCUCCUCAUUAUUUUAUUUCCCUUCUGACUUUCACCCUUUCUGUUGCUCACUCCAAAAUCCCAACCAAUCUUUUAUUCCCUUUUUAAUAUUCUUCCUCCUCCUCCUCUGGACGUGCGCACAGCAAAACCCACGUCGCCUUCUGCGCUGCUUCUCUUCUUUCUUCAUCAUCUUCCGGGUUUCAAUCGGAUUGCUGCUCUUAUUCUGGUCUUACAGAUGCGCCUGUUUCUGGGUAUUGCUGUUGAAUGGAGUUUCCAAAGCUCAAGUAGAUGAGAGUUUACGAAAAGAUUCUGCAAUGGGGCAUAUGAACUUAGAGAAGAAAUGGCUGUUUCCUCUUGUGAUAAGCUCCCUAAUAUGCAUAUUCCUCCUUGCUACUACCUUCAACAUGGGUCUAAUCUCUUCUAUCCAUACAUUCAAUUCAAUCUUCUUAAUGCUCCCAUCUCCAUUGCCCACAAACCAAACUAACCCAACGUUAUUUGCCGAGACGAAAGUUGCAAGAUCGCCACCGACGAACCCUGCAUCUAUGAUUCCACGAUUCGGUUACCUGAUUUCAGGGUCGAAAGGCGACUUAGAGAAGCUAUGGAGAACUCUUAAAGCACUUUACCAUCCAUUGAAUCAAUACGUUGUUCAUUUGGACUUGAAGUCACCUCUAGAGGAGAGGUUGGAGCUUGCUUCAAGAGUAGCAAAUGAGUCGAUUUUUGUUGAGAUUGGGAAUGUUUUUAUGAUCACCAAAGCAAAUAUGGUUACUUACAGAGGUCCAACAAUGGUGGCUAAUACCCUCCAUGCUUGUGCUGUUCUUCUUAAGAGGAGCAAUGAUUGGGACUGGUUUAUUAACCUCAGUGCCUCAGACUACCCGCUCAUCACUCAAGACGAUCUUCUUCACACUUUCUCACCUCUAGAUAGAAAUUUGAACUUCAUUGAACACACAAGCAAGUUGGGAUGGAAAGCGAGUAAGCGAGCAAUGCCGUUGAUGAUAGAUCCUGGAUUAUACAAAACAACCAAAUCAGAUGUUUUUUGGGUCAACCCACAACGACCUCUCCCCACAUCAUUCAAGUUGUUCACUGGAUCGGCAUGGAUGGUUCUAUCUCGUUCGUUUGUCGAGUAUCUCAUCUGGGGUUGGGACAACCUUCCUAGAACACUUCUCAUGUAUUACUCAAACUUUGUUUCCUCCCCAGAAGGCUACUUUCACACUGUGAUCUGCAACGAGCCUGAGUUUGCCAAAACUGUAGUUAACCAUGAUUUGCAUUACAUCUCUUGGGAUGUGCCACCACAACAGCAUCCUCAUGCCCUCACCAUUAACGACACCGAAACAAUGAUAGCCAGCGGUGCUGCCUUUGCUCGAAAGUUUCAGCGAGACAACCCUGUUCUGGACGAGAUUGAUCAGGAGCUACUGAGACGUGAUGACAAAGGGAGUUUUACCCCUGGUGGGUGGUGUUCUGGUAAGCCUAAAUGCUCGAAAGUCGGAAACCCGUUUAAGAUCAAGCCAGGGCCAGGAGCUAAGAGGCUUACCCGCCUCGUAAAAAAGCUAACUUCGGCUGCUAAAGUAGGUGAAGGUCAGUGUAAAUAGUCUUAGCUAGAAGAAAUAUUGAUAGUGCAAAGAUAAAAGUUCCCAUGUCACUGUGAUUCUCUAAUCAUAGUUGUUGUUAUCGUUCGAUAACAUUCAUGUUGCCGUUCUUCGUUCUUGUUUCUCGAUCUGUUUCUUGUUCUUCGUUCUUCUAAAUGAGAAACAACACAUGUUUGAUAAUGAUUAUAAUCACCUUUCUGUGUAAAA